AUGGGCAUUUUUGACAUUAUUGUUGUUCUCGCUCUCUCUCUUUCUUCCUCUCUUUGUGUAUAUCUUUCUCUUGCUGUUUUACUCAUUUGCUGCAUCUCUAUCUCCCAUGCCGAGGAGCUAGAAACUAAACCAACGGAUGCCCAAGUUGAGCCAGUUACAACAACUAAAUUGACGCCCAGCGUCGAGGAACCAAAGAGUAAAACUGAGAAACGCGAUUCCUCGGACCAAACAGGCUCCGUGUACAUAAGCAAUCCAACCAAAGAGACGGCCUUUAGGCCCAUUUUUCCAUCGGCGACAUACUACGAAGCGGCGGAAAGUGAUUCCAUCUUUGAGCCCACCACUGUACGCUAUACGGUAGCCGAUGCAGCACAACAGACUUACUAUGGAAAAUCGGAAAGCGGCAAUAUUCGGUAUGCACCACCAACAGCUGGGGAACAAAGGCAUGCCGCUGUCAGAGCUGGUCUGCCAGGACCCAUACGACUUUCACAGCAUCAUCCACAGCAGCAACAGCAACAGCAACAGCAGCAACACCAACAGCAACAGCAGCAACAUCAUCAGGCGGGGCAACCGCAUCGCUUUAGUUUCGCAGUGCCGCCACAAGUGGAGCUUUAUCAAAGGCCUGUGGGCAAGUCGCUGGCUGCACAGCAACAGUCGCCAAUUUACAACUAUGUAGAGGCGGAUCCGAGCAUAUUUGAGCGCGUUGUCCCACAGCAAUAUCAAUUAGGAUCAAAUGCGGCACCACACCGGCAACUGUCGCUGCCAGGGCAUCGUAUACAAUAUAUUAUUGCUAUACCCCUGUCAUAUAUGCGGCAGUUGCAACAACAACAACUUGGCGGCAACUUGUUGCCAGUGCCCUCUAGCACGGCGCCCAGCAGCAGCACAACUACAAGCACCAGCACCAGCACCACCACCUCGACAGCAACACCACCAUCAACAGCAGAGUCAGCGGUAGCUGCCAGUCAUCCGAUUAUGCAGCUGCUUGGUCCAUUGGCCCGCGAUCAUCAGGGCAUGUAUCGGCCGUACUAUCAAUCGGAUACCAGUAAUGCACCCACCUCAGCAACACCUUAUGGACAGCAGUAUCUACAGAUACCAGCCAAUGUCUUGCUCGCUGCCGCACAGCAACUCCAGCAGAACCAUCAACAGUACCAACAUCAGCAACAGCAACAGCAGCAGCAUCAGUCGCAGUCUCAAUCUCAGCCACAAUUCCAGAAUCUGUAUCCCAAAGCUGCCCCAACAACCUCAUCACUCUAUCAGCCACUUAUCUAUCAGUCGCCACAGCCGCAGUUUCAGUUGCAACGCCUUUAUCAGCAGACUCCAAUGAUCUAUUCCGAGCAGCCAGUGGGUCAGCAAACUACAUUAUAUGCAUAUCCGCUACACCAGCAACAGCAUCAGCAACAUCAGCAACAUCAGGGACGACUAGUCAGAUUGGGUACAAAGCAGGGACAACAGGAACAUAAAUACGCGGCCGUACCAUCAGCAGCAACUCCUUCCGUAUCAGCACCAGCAGCAGCAACAACUACUGCAGCAGCAGCAGCACCGUCAGCAGCAGCAUUGAUGUUGCCCACUGCAACAACAGCGUCGCACCAGCUACAGCUACAGCAUCAACAUCAGCAUCAGCAGCAUACGCUGCCCAUCGUGCACUACAAUCCAAUUUAUGUGCAGGCGCCAACCGAACAGCAACAGCAGCAACAUCAAUUUGCAAUAUUGCCACGUUUUAGCAAUAAUAACCCAAAGCCGGGUUACAAUCUAGCCCAUGAAUCAACGCCACCAAUUCAUGUUGUCAGAUUGUCAGCAGCCAGCGCAUUAGGACACCAACACCAGCAGCCACAGCCGAUACACCAUUACCAACACUACCAACCAUCGCUGCAACAGCAGCAGCAACAGCAACAGCAGCAGCAACAUCUUUACCAGCCCCAUGCCGUACCAAUGGCCAACUACGUUGAGGAGCAACAUCAGCACACUCCGGGCCCAGUCUCGCCAGCCAUUAUUCCAUAUUUCAGCCAUCCAGGCGCCGUGCACUAUGGCACGCAUUUGUACCAUCCGGCAUCGGGUGCUGCUGUCUCGACAGCCUCAGCAACGGGCCCAAAGCAACAGCAACAACUGCAGCAGCAGCAACAGCGACAGACGGCUGAAACAACCGCAACAAGUGGAAGGCUGUCAGGUGACAGUGGUGCUAUCGGGGGCGGUGGCGGUGGCGGGGUCAAGCAGCCAACAGCCGUCGCGAAUAUUGUGAAAUAUCCCUAAGCGCUGAUUCUGACGACGGCAACAACAACAGCAGCAGCAGCAGCAGCAGCAACAACUGCAAAAUUCAAAGGCACAACAGCAACUGCAGUCACUGUACGCUUUGCUUCCGGCUAUUUUUAUUAUUGUUGUUUUCUAUGUUUGUAUCCGUUUGUGUGUGUGUGUGUGUGUGAUUGUGUGUGUCAGUGUAUUUCUAUAAUUAUUCUUGCUGUAAGUUUACUACAAACAUUGUUAAGCUUUUUUCAUCUGCA